AUGGCAUCCAAAGCCCCUAUUGCUUUCAUCUCAGGCGGAAACACAGGCAUCGGACUUGCAGUGGCCACUCAACUUGCCAGGGACCACAAGUACCAUGUGAUUAUCGGUUCCAGAAAUGAGACUGCCGGACAAAAGGCUGCUGAUGCUCUGGUGGCGGAUGGUUACUCGGCUUCGUCCGUUCAAUUGGAUUUGGCAUCAGAUGAUUCCAUCGCAAGGGCCGCUUCUUAUGUUGAAAGCAGACAUGGUGUCCUGGACGUCUUGAUCAACAACGCGGGCAUCCUGAUCGACUAUGUCCCAGGCGUUCUCGAAAAAUACAAAGGACUGUCGACUCGCGAGCUCUUUACCCAGACGCUAAGCACUAACGUGGUAGGGGCGGCAUGCCUGACCGAGGCUUUAUUACCGCUGCUCCUCAAAUCAACACUGCCUCGAAUUGUGUUUGUGUCUUCGCGAAUGGGUUCCUUGGCCGAAGCGACCAACAAGUCCACUGCUUUCUACGCCAUCGACUACAAGGCCUACGACUGCAGCAAGGCUGCCCUCAAUAUGCUGACUCUCAAUUACGCCCGAAUUUUGGACGACAAAGGCGGUAUGGUCAACGCGGCCUGUCCCGGCUUGGUCAAAACCAAUCUCACCAACAACCACCCAUGGGGCGCAUCAACCGAGGAGGGAGCCCAGCGGAUCGUCGAGCUGGCCACAGAAUCUAAGGGAGGUCCGACGGCAACAUUCUCCGACCGUGCAGGUAUUGUCCCGUGGUAG